AAGAAAAAUUAUGCACUUCUAUGACUUUAGCCUGAUCAUUUAUCUUUGUUGAUCUUAGGAAUGUGGGGGAGUUGUAUCGUCGCCAAUGUUUGCAGUCACAUGAUUUUAUGAUUUGCCGUGGUUAUGUGAUCUUAGGAAUAUUUUUUAUGAGAGAUAUGGGAAUUCUUUGGGAUUUCUUUUUUUUGAACAUAAUUCUUUGGAAUUGUUUGUUAAUCAAUAGGUUGGUCAAACUGGAAAAAAAAUCAUGCCUCUAGAAUUGUACAUGGGAUUUGGUGUUUUGGGAGUCAUUUAUGCCAACAUACAAACACACACGGAGCACCAACAAUACAGACACAAACAGGCACAAAAAGGAGGCAAUACUUUAAGUUGUGACUUCAUAAGCUUGAAGCCUCUCGAUCUCCAUCCACUUGUCACCGUCCCCGCUCCAGACCAGAGACUCCCCGCUGUUUACACAUCCAUCUUCAUUGUCGACGAGACUCCGCCGUUUGCACCAAUCUUCACCGAGAGCUCCCCUCUGCAACCCACAAAGAAAGUAAAACCUACAGUCUCAAACAAUCGAGAACCGGGGGAUUCAGAUUUCCUUUGCCACCACACAGUUGCUUCUUCCCUUCACGUGCAUCACCACCGAACAACCCGCCUAAGAAGACCAGAGCAAGAACAGAGCAACCAUACUCGAGGAGGUUAGGCUUUUUUCUUCCUUUUGCUCUUAUUUUUCUUGUUUCUUUAUUAUUGGAUUUAAAUGCCCUGAAUACUGAUUCUCUGUAAGUUGUACUAUGUAUAGAAUGUAGGAUAACAUAUAAGGAAUGUACAAUAAUUUGCUGACCGUUGCUGAUUGACUAGUAAUUCCCUUGCUUAUUUCCUUGAUUUCUUUUCAUUUUUGUUUUGCGCUCUUUCCUUCUUUGCUGUAUCAGUCUCCUUCUUCUGAUUUCUUUGCUUGCUGUGAUCUUAGCCUCCUGUAUUGCUCUCAUAAAUGUGUUUGAAGAAAUGCCAAAACCAAAAAAGCUUGAGUGGUUGAUACAUUUGUUUGAUUUGUUAUCCUAUUUACAAAUUUUUAACAACCUAGAUUUUGAUUUUAAAUCUGUCCUCUUCUUGGUCAAUGCCACUGCUGAAGCAACAAAGUUAAGCUUUGUGAUUUUGGGUUUAAUUUGUCAAGUAGGACAUUGAAGACAAGGUGAUAUUUCCUUUUCCUUUUGUUUCAAAUUCUGCAUUUCUAUACCCAUGUGGGUGUUUAUGGUUUUGUUAAUUGAUAGGUUGUUUGGAUUACUGAGCCAGCCGAGGGAUUGAUAUGAAGUUCUAGUCUUUCUCUUUUGUUUUCCCCCUUUUUUUUUUCAUUUUUUCAUUUUUUUUUUGCAAUUUAUUGAUGUGUCUCUUUUUUUUCUUUUUCUUUUUUACACCUUCUAGUGAUGUUUCUUCUUCUAAAUUUCUGUGCUUUCUUGAAUUUAUAGCUUUAAAGUUUCUUGUUUUGAGAUUCUUAAAUGAUCAAAAGUGUAGUUACCUAGUUGCUUAUUUUGGUCUGUGUUAGAUAUGGAAUUGAAGAUGAUAGUAUCAUUGUUGUUGUUGUUGUUGAUGUUGGGACUUGUGUUAGUCUUUGAGAAACUGUCCUACACAAAUAUCGUUGUU